AUAACAUCCACAAAACCAGAUUUUACCAGUUUGGCUUAAACAGAUAUGAAGGCUGGCGGUGGAGUGGUGUUCGGAGUUCCACGCGCCUCCGCGUUUCCCGCAGUUCUCUUCAGCCAUCGCCGCCCUGCCAUUCGCUGCUACUCCUCCUCCUCUCUUCCAGACCACGCUUCGUUCAUAAAAGAUGUCGCUGCCGCAAAACCACCGGAGCAUUUGAAUCAGCUUCUUAGAAUACUUCAGGUCAGAGGCGAGCAAAUUGUAUCUCCUGGGGCUAAGCAAGGUUUGAUUCCACUUGCCGUUCCCCUCUCCAAAACUAACUCAGGUUCUGUAACUGCAUUGUUGCGGUGGCCAACUGCUCCUACUGGGAUGGAGAUGCCGGUAGUGGAGGUUCGUGAAUAUGGGGUUUGGCUUUUGGCUAAAAAUGUUGAGCAGUAUAUCAAGAGAAUCUUAGUGGAAGAAGAUGUAAAGAACCCUCAGGAAAGAAACGAGGAGCUAUUUAGUGCUUCAGCUGAUGCAGGAAAUAACUUUUAUGAGAAGGGUGAUUUUGCUGCGUCUGGGAUUGCAAGCUUAGAGUCAUAUCUUUUGAAGAAGGUAGGUUUGUUUCCAGACAUACUCGAACGCAAAGUAAAGCAGCACUUUGACAAAGGAGACCAUGUCUCAGCUUUGGUAACUGGGGAGUUCUAUACUAAAAAGGAGCAUUUUCCAGGAUUUGGGCGGCCCUUUGUGUUCAACGCUGAAGUUCUGCUUAAAGUUGGACGAACUGCAGAAGCAAAGGAUGCUGCAAGGGGUGCUCUGAAAUCACCAUGGUGGACACUGGGCUGUAAGUAUCAGGAAGUUGCUGAUAUAGCUCAAUGGGAUGAUGAACAAAUUGAGUACAUAAAAGAGAAAGUGACAGAUGAGGGAAGGCAAGAGGACUUGAAAAAGGGAAAGGAGCCUGCUCAGAUUGCGCUGGAUGAAGCUGCUUUCUUAUUAGAUUUAGCAUCAGUUGAAGGGACCUGGGAUGAAUGUGUGGAGAGAGUUGCUGACUGUUACAGGCAGGCUGCACUUGAUGAUAUUGCCACUUUUAUUCUUCACAGAGAUUAAUUUUCUACAUCGAACCUAUUUCGGCUUUUAUAUUAUGUUGGCAGUCAGCCAUUCUUCCUCAAUUCUGUGAAACAUGCUUAAGAAAUUAUUCUACAUUGUUGAAAAAACCAAACUGAGCAAAAGUUUCUGAAGAGCUUCUCACACGCUUUGAUUUCCUAACAUAUUACGUUGCGAACA